AUGGAAAGAGAGCGAACCAUGGUAAGGCGAGGGAAGAAAGAAGAGGUAGGUAAGGGGGAAGCGGAGCCCCGUCCCGUCACCAUGGGGCGCAAGCGAGCAGCCCUCCCCUGCCUGCUCUCCCCCACCCCCAGCACCUCCCCUUUGGGCUUUGGGGGCGGAGGGGAUGGGUCCAGCGCCACUUUCAAGAUGGCCCUGCUUGGCCUCACUCCCCGUCCCCUCACCAUGGGGCGCAAGCGCGCAGCCCUGCCCCGCCUGCUCUCCCCCAGCACCUCCCCCUUGGGCUUUGGGGGCUUUGGGGGCGGAGUGGAUGGCUCCAGCGCUACUUUCAAGAUCGCCCUGCUUGGCCUCGCUGCCUGCCUCUUCUGCCUGCUUAUCCUCGUUAUAGUCGUCCUCUUUGCCCUGCUCAUCAGCAUGAGGUGGUCGUCUGCUGACGUGGCCGCCAGCCUGGCAGCGCGAGAGUCGCUCACUGCUGAGUCGCUGAGAGGGAGGAAGGCGCAUCCUGGCAUGGUGGUGGUAAAUCAACAAGGCAUGGUGCCCAAUACCACCGCUGCUGCAGGCAGUAGCAGCUCCCAAAAUCCAAGCAAAAGGUCUAAUAACGAGGAUGGUGCAGCUAAUAACGAGAAUAAAGAUCCAGCCGGCGGUGCUGACGAGGAUGAGGAUGACGAUGACGAGGCGGGCGGCGGGGGGCUGUCGAGCCGGAGGAAGGAAGGUGCACGGAAGCUUCAGCAGUGGAGGGAGUUCUUCAAAGGAGUGGUAUUGGUGCUGCACUUUUCCAGGCCAGUGCGAGCAUGGCAAACAUUGGAGUUCUGGCGCCACGUGUACGGCCACGUGUUUGACGAUUUCGUGGCGGUGUCAACAGAAGCAAUCCCCGAGCUGGGGGUCAUUGCGAACAAAAUCUGGUACCUAAACUCUUCCAACCCGAACCAUCUCCUCACCCUCCCCCUCGACCAACCGCCCUCCGCGCCCAUCCGCACCGCUCUGGACCCCUCGGAUCUCCCCACCCACAUCUCCACAUCGCUCUCGCACCUCUCUGAAUCCCUCCGAGCCCAGCUGGACCGCUCUCUCUGGCCCCGCCACCAGUCCUUCCCCCUCGCCGCCUGCCCCUCAUCGGCCUUCUUCAUCCCACAGAGGCUUGUGUUCCUUCCCAUGCGGCUGGUCGACUCGGCUGCUCUGCACGUCAUUGCUGUACACAGUGUGGGCCCUCUGGUUAAAACAGGCCGCCUCCCCUCAUCGGCCUUCUUCAUCCCACAAAGGCUGGUAGAUUCUGCUGCUCUGCACGUCAUCCCCGUGUUUGCCGCUGAGGCCAUACCUGCUCAGGUCGCCCCCCCCUCAUUGGCCUUCUUCAUCCCACAAAGGCUGGUGGACUCGGCUGCUCUGCACGUCAUCCCCGUAUUCGCUGCCCAGGCAAUACCUGCUCAGAGGCUGGUAGACUCUGCUGCUCUGCACGUCAUCCCCGUGUUUGCUGCCCAGGCAAUACCCGCACAGGUUGCCUCCCCCUCAUCGGCCUUCUUCAUCCCACAGAGGCUGGUUGAUUCUGCUGCUCUGCACGUCAUCCCUGUAUUCGCUGCCGAGGCAAUACCUGCUCAGAGGCUGGUGGACUCUGCUGCUCUGCACGUCAUCCCCGUGUUUGCUGCUGAGGACAUACCCGCUCAGGUCUCUUCCCCCGUCUUUGCUGCCGAGGCAAUACCCGCACAGGCACGCGUGUGUAUAUUCCUUCCCACCACAGGCAUGUGUGCUAUGGUAUGUAAUCUUUCCUCUUUAUUCUACAUUCGCCACCCGCCGCGUUUACCAGUUCUCGUGAAUGCGGUGGUCAUUGUGACAAUGGCGUGCGGCGUCUUCGCGCUGCUGACCGGCAUCUACCGCGUCGCAUUCACAUCGGACCAGAAGCGCGCAGACUUGCUCGAAUUCUCCAUGCAGGUGCUGCAGGCGGCCGGUACCGUCGCCGCGUUGCUCCUGCACCCCACGCGCCUCGUCUACCUCCUCCGUCUCGUCCGCUGGCGGCCGUCCGAUGUGAUCAGCCUGCGGAAAGUCUUCUCGCGAGGCGACGCGGCGGUGGCGAAGCCUCACGAACGUCGCCACAUGGCAGUGGUGAUCGGGUUACUCAACAUCGCGUGCGUGAGCCAGUACGGAAUCUUCCUCUGCCUCUGCCUGCGCGCGCCCGCGGACCGCCGAAUCUUCCCCGUGCUUGUAUUUAUAUUCGGCGCGUUCGGCCUGGGCACUGUCGCGGGCGUUUACUUCCUGCUCUGCCCGCUCGGCCGCCAGCUUCAUGUUGAUGCCGCUCCGCCUGCGGCGCAUAAGCGUAGUGCGGGGACGGCGGACGGGGAUAACAGUACCGCGCGAGGAAGUCCGGCGGAGAAAGCCCGCGCGUGCGGUUUGUGGGGAAUCAGCUCUCGGGGCAGAGGCGACGGCGGGGAGGAGCGGGGGACUGAGGGAAGCGAGCGGCGGGAGAGGGCGAGCGUGUCCUUCAGCGCGCUUUCGUGCCACCUCUGGUCGUCCCCUGACCAUCGUCCCUCACUCCGCCUCGGCUCCGCCCGCCUGCAGAGCUCGCGCAGCCAGCGCAGCAGCAGCUGCCACGUGGACAAGCGCGCUGUGUGGCAGCCGCGUGCGUCAUGCGCAGGCGACAAUCAGGGCUCAAUGGCAGCGCAGGGAGCCGCCGUUACUAACGACGCACCCGAGUGGGCGGGGUCGCUGUGGGGAGUAGCAGACGACUGCGGAAUCGCUGCGCGCGUGGCGCUCUGCUGCCCGUGCGCCUUCGCGCGGCACCUGCACCGUGCGGGCUUCGGCCAUCCGUUCUUCCACGCGCUCAACCUGCUCCUCUUCCUGCUCGCCCCGCCGCUCGUCUUCACUGCAUCCGCGCGCUUCAUGACCAACCCCGCGCUGCACGCGCUCACCGUGGCGUUCGGCGUGGCGGGGGCGCUCAUGGGGCUGCUGUACGGCGGGUACUGGCGGUGGAAGCUGCGGCGGACCUUCGACCUGCCUGCGCAGACAUGGGUGUGCGGACACAAGGCGUUCUCGGAUUUCGGCACGUGGGUUGCGUGCCCCUGCUGUGCGCUGUGCCAGGAGAUGCGCACCGUGAAGGCGUACGGGCUCAGGGUUGUCGCCCCAGAUGAUGCCCAGCUGGAGGUGAUUGUAACGGGGGGCAAGGGAGAAGCUAGGAGCAGCAGCAAGGGCCGGGCUGAGCGGGACAGUGUAACAAUCUCAGUUACCACUGCACCGUGUGUCUUGAAAAUGGAGAUUGACGGUGACAGUGACAGGGCCUGUUAA